AAAGAUGCAACAAGAGCCUGGGCAGAGCAGGGUGGCAGCGGCUGGGCAGCGCUGACCAUGGCCAGUGGGUACCAGCUCUGGGCACCCUGGUCCCCCCUGGAUGAGUCCCUGCAAUGGCUGCGGGGUGCCGUGCCCAAGCCCAGCAGCACUAAACACCCCUUUCGGGGAGGGCAGAGUCCAGCCACUGCCACCGACCUGGAAGUGCAACUUUGCUUCCAGGGGCUCAGCCUGGUGCUAGAGCCCAGUGCCAAGACCGGAGCUGGGCACCCACAACCCCCCGGAGGGGCUGGAGAGACACGAGGAUGCAGCGGUGCUGUGCACAAGCCCCAGGCCGUGCGGCUCACGGGGCUCGACUCAGUCUUUGGGCACCUCGUGACGGUACAGCCUCCGCAUUGGACCGGCUCGCUGCGGGUUUCAGAGCGUUCAGCCUUCUGCCAAGUCAUCAGUCCCCAACAGCGCAGGCCUCACGGGCUCCGCGAACCACAGGUGCGCAUGGCGAUGGCUAUGUGCCGUCAAAUGCUGCGAGCCAUCCUCCUGCUUUAUGCUGCCUACAAGAAGUGUGCCUUUGCGUUGCAACAUUCCCGCUAGGACAACCCUGCCUGGGGAAGGGCAGAGCUCAAUGGGAUCUUUGCCUGCCCAUGUGUCAACCUUACAUCCACAGAUUCACCCAUUCUCCUUCAGCAACAUCAGUUCGUUCACCAGUUCCAUCUACCUGUGCCGCAGAACUCUCCUCCUCUCCUCCAUCGCCAAGCUACUUUUUGCCCACCAAAAGGAAACAUUUACUUAACAGCUUAAGCCUGCAAGGAAAAGAUCCAGAGUGGCACACAAACCUCAGAUUGUUUGCAGAGAGAUGAAACUAAUCAUUCAACAUAGUAAAGAAAAGGAUCAUUUCUACCUAUGCUGUGAACCUAUUCCCUUGCAGCGUCUGGCUCACGAAUGGGGAAAAAUAUAUAGUUAAGGCAAUUAAAAAGAAUGAAAGCCUUUAUAAAUAAAUGGACCGAGUGAACGUUGAACCUCAGAUCAAACAAGUUUACACGCAUUUUCAAUGAGAGACAAUCUUCAGAGACACAGACACUUGUACACCAUUCAAUGCAAAUGUAAUUUUUCAAAACCUUCCCGCCUAUCAUUUUCAACAUGAACAGUAAAAAUAACUGCAUUACAAGAUGGGGCCUAUAUAAAAACAACAACAACAAUAUUUUCUAAAAGAAAAAAAAAAGGUAAAGGACACACAUCUGCAAAGCGAAGAGACUGCACAUUUUCAACAACAAAGAAACAUUCUUAUAUUAAUGAAUGAAGCUGGAAAAUAAAUGUAAAUUAAGCCAACUACUCCAUAAACCAACAAUGACUAAAGGGCAA